AUGUCAACUAACGAGAAUACUCCGCACGAGAUUACCCCGGCCACAAAAAGUAAACAGGAAUUGCUAACAGAAUGCAUGCUGUCACAGUUUCGGCUUUCGGUAGCUGGCGUCGGUUUGGGGACGGCUUAUUCCCUUCGAUACAAGGCUGGAUUUGCUCCCAUGAUUGCCGCUGGAGCUGCAGGAACUUCUGCUGAUUUGAUAUACGGGUAUCUGGUGGAAUGCGCAAAGUUUCGGCAAGGCUCCCAGGAUGAAUAA